CAAAAAUAUUUUUCGUUACUUUUCUGUUUUUUUGCCGUUCGGAAUUUUUAAAUGCACACGGUUUCUAAAAAAUAUAGUGAAGGGAAAAACGACACUAAAGCUCGCGCGGAGCUGCCAGUCGACUUUGUCGGCGCAUCUCGAAAAUAAUUGAAAUUUCAAAAAAUCAUUUUAGGGCCAUAUUUUUAAAGGGUUAUACUACAAUAAUAUAACAAGCCAAAAAAUAGUCAUAAUAGUUGUGAAGUGAUAAUCAUAUCAUGCAAUAUAUGUUGUGAUAAAAAUCUUGACGAAUCUUGCCACUUUCAAGCGAUUAUCCACCCUAAAUAUAAAACUAUUUCAGAAAAUCUGGCAACAUUGAAAUCAUGUGGUAUGACAUUUCAUUUUACCCAGUAUUUAAUAAAUUUUGCCAUUUGCUUUGUGCAUCGAGUUGAUAAAAUUUUUUCCAAGGUAUAAAUGCGUUUCUUUUUUCAGUGAAAUAUAUAUUAAUUGCUCUUAUCUCCGUGAUUAUACUUCGAAAAAUAUUCAUUCAAAAUGGCUAUGUCAAAAACAACAAAUACCUACAACAGGCAAAAUUGGGAAGAUGCUGAAUUUCCAAUUCUGUGUCAGACUUGUCUUGGCGACAAUCCCUAUGUGCGUAUGAUAAAAGAACGUUUUGGUAAGGAAUGCAAAAUUUGUACCCGCCCAUUUACUAUAUUUCGAUGGUGCCCUGGAGCGCGUAUGCGUUUUAAGAAAACAGAAAUUUGUCAGACCUGCGCUCGUCUGAAAAAUGUAUGCCAGACGUGCCUGCUGGACUUGGAGUACGGACUGCCGAUACAAGUUCGUGAUGCUGCACUUAAAGUGGCCGACACGAUUCCUCAGAGUGAUGUGAAUAAGGAAUACUAUAUACAGAAUAUCGAUCGCGAUUUAGCCGACGGUGACGGUACUGAGGCAGCGGGUGCGGUUGGUCGUUCAUUGGCCGCUAACGAGAUGUUGGCAAAACUUGCACGCACAGCUCCAUAUUAUAAGCGCAAUAGACCACAUAUUUGCUCAUUCUGGGUCAAAGGUGAGUGCAAACGUGGCGAAGAGUGUCCAUAUCGUCAUGACAAGCCAAACGAGCCCGAUGAUCCCCUUUGUGAGCAGAAUAUAAAGGAUCGUUAUUAUGGGCGUAACGAUCCGGUUGCUGAAAAAAUUAUGAAACGGGCAGCUACUUUGCCCACGCUGGAACCACCAGAAGAUCGAAAUAUCACCACUUUAUAUGUGGGUAAUUUGCCCGAAGAAAUAACAGAACCAGAGUUGCGUGACCACUUUUAUCAGUAUGGCGAGAUUCGAUCUAUUGCCUUAGUUCCACGCCAACAAUGUGCAUUUGUUCAGUAUACAAAGCGUGGAGCAGCGGAACUAGCAGCAGAACGUACUUUUAACAAAUUAGUGUUGCACGGACGUAAAUCAACGAUCAAGUGGGCGCAUUCCCAAGCAAAACAGAGUGGUUUAGCAAAAACAGAUAGACGUUUUGAUGUUCCUGCUGUGCCGCCUACUCCUGUGGCUAAUCCAAAUGAUUUCUUCAAUCUUCAACAAGAACAGGUCACCGUGCUACCUCCUGGUAUGAAGCUACAUCAAAUACCACCAAGCCUUAUACCUGCGUCGUCGUAUCAAAUGUAUUCACAGGCAUAUGCAGCGCCAUACUCGAAUAUUCCAAUCCCAUCUACCUCCGGGGCGGGUUUGGACGCUAUUCCUUCACCACCAACGGGUGGCGCACCAGGACAAGUGCACUAUCCUAGUCAGGAUCCAAGUCGAUUGGGUGCAGUGAAAAAGUAACAGUAAUAACUUUAAUACAAUUUGCUUUGUAUGCAUAUUCGUUUAGAAAAUUUUGAAUAAAAAAUAAUAAUUUCAGUAA